GGGCGUGGCGAGGUCGGAUAUGAAGACGAGGUUAAGCAACUGCGGGACUUAACCGCCAGGAUGGCCGGGCCCCAGCGGUCCCGAGGGUGGCGUGGGCCCCGAGGGGCGGGCCAGGUGAAGAGGGUCGCCGGCCUCAGCGAGGAGGUGAGGCUUGGAAGUUCUUUAGGACCCGAGCCGCGCGGCGUUACGCGCCGGGGCGGGGCUUCACGCCGUCGGGGCCGACGCUGCGGUGAGGGGCGGAGCCAGCGCGCUCGUGGCAAGAUGGCGGCGUCCGGGACCGCUGGGCCGGCGGGGAACGUGUUCCCGUUCCGGGACGCCCGCGCCACUCCAGAUCCAGUGCUGGAGGCCGGCCCGGUGGCCCACGGGCCCCUGCCGGUGCCCCUGGUGCUGGACAACGGGUCGUUUCAGGUCCGUGCCGGCUGGGCGUGCCCUGGGCCGGAUGCAGGCCUGGAGCCGCGCCUCCAGUUCCGCGCCGUGUGCGCUCGCGGGCGGGGCGCGGCUCGGGGCGGGGCGGGCCCCCAGGUGGGCAACGCGCUGGGCAGCCUGGAGCCGCUGCGCUGGAUGCUGCGCUCGCCCUUCGACCGCAACGUGCCGGUCAACCUGGAGCUGCAGGAGCUGCUGUUUGACUACUGCUUCCAGCACCUGGGUGUCUCCUCGCAGGGCUGUGUUGACCAUCCCAUCGUUUUGACAGAAGCGGUGUGCAACCCACUGUAUUCGCGACAAAUGAUGUCUGAGCUCCUUUUUGAGUGCUACGGGGUUCCCAAGGUUGCCUACGGAAUAGACAGCCUGUUCAGCUUCUACCACAAUAAGCCAAAGACCUUGAUUUCCGGUGGGCUCAUCAUUUCAUCUGGGUACCAGUGCACACAUAUUUUACCCAUCUUAGAAGGGAGGUUAGAUGCUAAAAAUUGCAAACGCAUCAAUCUGGGAGGAAGCCAAGCAGCUGGCUACCUCCAGCGUCUCCUGCAGCUGAAGUAUCCUGGGCACCUGGCAGCUAUCACACUCAGCCGCAUGGAGGAGAUCCUGCACGAGCACAGCUACAUCGCGGAGGAUUAUGUGGAAGAAUUGCAGAAAUGGCGGUGCCCUGACUAUUAUGAAAACAAUGUGCACAAGAUGCAGCUCCCAUUUUCCAGUAAACUGCUCGGCAGCACUCUGACCGCUGAGGAGAAGCAGGAAAGGCGGCAGCAGCAGCUGCGGCGGCUGCAGGAGCUGAACGCCCGGCGGCGGGAGGAGAAGUUGCAGCUUGAUCAGGAGCGGCUAGACAGACUGCAGUACGUGCAGGAACUUCUAGAGGAUGGCCAGAUGGAUCAAUUUCACAAAGCCCUGAUGGAGCUGAACAUGGACUCCCCAGAAGAGCUGCAGUCCUACAUACACAAGCUCAGUUCGGCCGUGGAGCAAGCUAAGCAGAAAAUCCUCCAAUCCGAAGUCACCCUCGAGGUGGAUGUGGUGGACAGCAAGCCUGAGACCCCUGACCUAGAGCCACUAGAGCCGUCCCUGGAAGACGUGGAAAACAUCAAUGAUUUUGAACCCUUGUUUUCAGAGGAAACGCCAGAAGUGGAGAAGCCCGUCGCCGCUGUCCAGCCCGUGUUUAACUUGGCAGCAUAUCACCAGCUGUUUGUUGGGACUGAAAGAAUUCGGGCUCCAGAGAUUAUCUUCCAGCCAUCUCUCCUAGGCGAAGAGCAGGCUGGGAUAGCGGAGACCCUUCAGUACAUUCUGGACAGGUACCCAAAGGACGUUCAGGAGGUGCUGGUUCAGAACGUUUUCCUCACUGGCGGGAACUUGAUGUAUCCUGGGCUGAAAGUUAGAAUCGAGAAGGAGCUGUUGGCGAUGAGACCCUUUCAGUCAUCUUUUCAGGUUCAGCUUGCCUCUAACCCUGUGCUGGACGCCUGGUAUGGUGCUCGGGACUGGGCCUUGGACCACCUGGAUGACGAUGCCGUCUGGAUCACCAGGAAAGAAUAUGAAGAGAAGGGAGGAGAGUACUUCAAGGAGCAUUUUGCUUCCAACAUAUACGUCCCCAUCCACCUGCCAAAGCAGGCUUCACGCUCCUCAGAGGCCCAGGCGUCAGGCAAAGGCUCAGGGGCCAGUGGAGGCAGUGCUGGUGAGCAGGCAUAACAGAGGGGCCCCUCUCGGAUCUUGGGCCAUGUCGGCUAGUGUGACAGGACAGUGACUGUGCUAGAUGUGUCUGGCCCAAGUCUACUGGGAACAUUGGGCUGCAAGAUGGAUUUCUCCUGGGGAGAACAUGAAGGGACACUGGGAGUUACCCUCUAAAACUUUCCCUUCCUCUGGGGGCUUCUGCAGUGAAGAAACUUCCAGUGACUUGGAGUCUUUGUUGAACCAAGAUGAGCAGUAGCGUCCGCUGCCUACAGUAGUAAAUGAAGACAGUGGAGGACAGAAAUGCCCGUAUUUGUUACUGCAUUUUAAAUCCCUUUUUGUUUUCAAAACGUUUAAAAUGUAUAUUGUGAGUGUAGAUAUUUUUCUACAUUUAUUCAGAAGUUGUGUGAAUGCCCAGCAGUUUGAGGUCUUCCACAUACAUGUAAAAAGAUAAUAUUUAUGUAAUCAGAGUUCUCCACAAAACCUCAGGAGCUGUGAAUAUUUCCCUUUUCCUAUUACUUCCUCUUUCAAAUGAGAGAAAAGGGUCCAAAGAGGGGAAUCAAGUUGUACAGUGUAAGUCUGUUAGGGGCCUGCGUGGUGCCCACUUCUGAAUGGGCAGAAAUGGGGUCUUGGUCCAGCUUUUGUUCAAACUUUUUUUGCUGGAAACUUUUCCACCACAUGAGACCUUCCUACAAAUUUUUAAAAUUUUAUGCUUGUGUGUUUUGGCUGCGUCACAUUUUCUGGCCUUUCUAAAGAAAGAAGUGGGCUGGAGAAGGUUACUCUUGUAGCCUUUUCAGUGUUGCCAUACCUCAUUCCCUGCACCUUUGUAGCUCCAUCUUAGGUGGACAAAUGACCCCUCUCUUUUACAGAGAUUGCUUGGUAAGAGUUUUAACUCUCAAACACCCAGUAAUUGAGCCCAGAAGGCCCCUGAGAUGCUAGUGUCCUGUCUCAGGGUCCAUACGUUUCAGUGCCAUGGAGCCUCUAGCUCUGAUGCCUCUGAUGAGGCCACCUCAGCACCUGUUUGCUCAGACAGUUUACCAAGGGCGAGCACCUGGAACUCUACUCUUAGGGCCUAGAAACUGAAGACCAGGAGGGGGCAGUGGUGAUUGUGGAGAAGGAAGAAAACUUGGGCCGACCCAAGAUCUCCCACACGUUGCCAGUGAGCCACCGGCCGUCCAUGCUUGGGCCCACGGACUGAUGAGCUGGUAAUAACCAUGAGCUGCGAAGAAAGGAUAGAUGCGAAGAAGGCAAAAGCAGCCUCCAUGUGAGAAAGAUUUUCCUAGCACAUUUCCAGGGCUCGGUCCCUAGUGUGGGGCGUGCAGGAGGCAACCCAUCAAUGAUUAAUUGCUUUUUGACCUGGAGUCUUUUCCCCAUCGUCAACAGUUUAAACAGCCUGAACAGCAGUGGUGAGUGGUCAAGAUGGCCAUGGAGGUCAAGCUGCCCUGAAGGGGAAGGUCCCUCAGUGGGCAGGUAAGCUGGGACACAUCAGUAAAACAGGUGUUUGUCCUCUUAAGGGUUCAUGUCGACUCAGGGAAUUGAGGAGGUCAGGGCAGCUCUCAGGGGUGGCCUCUUAGGGGCAUCAGGGCUCCUUUCUCUGGCUAAAAUGUGGUAGGGGUAUCCCCUACUGCCCACUUUAUGCUGUCCCUGCCUCCCACUGGCACCUGUGGAAAUAAACAGUUUUGCCAAAGGAACAAAUAAGGUAAAAAUGUGUGAAAGUAUAAGUUAAAAGUAAAAUAAGCAUUAAAAUAUGGGUAGACAAGGCUAACCCAAGAAAUGGAGAAACCAAAUUGGUAUGCAAAUACAGUAUGCAAAGAUUAUUUUAUGCCUAUGAGUAAAGGAUUAAGUGAAUGAGAUGAAGUCUGUCAUUUCUGAACUUUGUGGUUAAGUCAUUAUAAGAAAAUCAGAAAAUGAUAGAAUUGUAUUAAAAAAUGUACACAAAGCCCAGCCAGCAUGGGCAUUGACAUAUGAACCAGGAGGUCACGGCUCGAUUCCUUGGUCGGUGCACAUGCCCAGCUUGCGAGCUCAGUCCCCAGUGUGAAGCGUGCAGGAGGCAGCCCUUCAAUGAUUCUCUCUCAUCAUUGAUGUUUCUAUCUCUCCCUCUCCCUUCUUUCUGAAAUCAAUAAAAUUUUUUUUUUUUUAAGAAAAGAUGUACACAGAGAGACUGGUUGUUUACUAAAUAUAUUUCCUUUCCUCCUGGGCACACAGCUGCACUACAUUUCCUAGCCUUCCUUGCAGUUAUUCACGUAGCCAUUUGAGUUCUGGCCAGUGAAUAUGGGCAGAAGAGAUGUGCACCAUUUCCCGGGCUGGCUUCUAUCAAUCUCCCAUAAGAGCACCCCUCUCCUCUUUCCCCAACCACUGGCUGCAUGGAGAGCAGUCUAAGACCCGAGAGGAGCAUGGAACCAAGCCCUUAAGUGACAGGAUUCUUCACUGAGCCACAAAUAAAUUCUUACUAUGUUACGCCACUGAGAGCUUUAGCCUUUAGGGGGGACCUAGAUCCAAUGACUGGUGUCCUCAUGAGAGAAAGGAGAAAGGUUUGACACACAGGAAAGAGGGCUGUGUGAAGGCAGAGAUUGGAGUGAUGCAGCUAAAAGCCAAGGAACACCAGGAGUCGCCAGCAGCAGGCAGAGGCAAAGAAGGAUUCUCCCCUCGAGCCUUCAUAGGGAGGUGGCCCUGGUGACACCUUGAUUUGGUAAACAGCACAGUAAGAAUAAGUUUCUGUUGCUUUAGGCACCAAGUUAUGGUAAUUUGUUAUGGCUGCCCUAGGAAACUCACCCAGAUGAGCAGGUUAGUCUGGGAAUGAGUGUGAGUGCAGGUGGGAAGUUGUUAAGCCAUAUAGAAGCAAAUAUGCAGGAGGUUAAUGGGGGAAGCAGGUAAAGGGGGCAUCUGUAAUACUUUACAUAAUAAAGAUAAUUUUUUUUAAAGGAAACAAUUAACUUGCCAAUAAAUUGGAGGAGUCCUAGCAAUAUCAGCACCUGGAUGGCAACAGCUUUACCCAGGUAAGCUGGCUCUGGCAGGGAAGGAGUAGAGAAGAAGGGUGUGGAAAGUGCACAGGAUCAGAACUAACGGUCUUGUUGAGGCACCCCUUCUGGGGGUGAGCUCGGCACUUCAGAAGCCAGAGGUGGUGUGAUGGAGAGCACAGAGGGGCUGGUGAUAGACUUACUAAAGCAACAGAACCCGAGGAAGCCUGUCUACAAAAGGUGCCAAGUAUUAAUGAGUCUGUGUCUCACUAGCACCAGGAGGGGGAGUCCUCGAGAAACAGAAAACCACCCAAACCCUCUCCCUGCCCCGCUUCUUACAGUAUCCUGCUAAUCGUUGUUUGGGUAAACCUAGCAUGCUCAAAUGUCCACCUUAAUACAAUGAAACUGCAGCAUCUUUAUGGGAAUAUAGUAGGAAGAGACCAAAACCAGAAAAUUCAAACAUUUUAGCAGGUAAAACAUACAUAU